AUGAUAAAAACUUAAUUAAUUGACCUUCUAAAAUUAAAUGAAGAAGAUCUUAAAAAGACUGUGAUUAUUAAACAACAUCCUUAAUAUGAGUAAAUCUUCUUUAUGCUCUUAAAUUAAAAAGCCAAUACUUUCACACACAAAUUUGUUAGAGAAAUUCAUGAUGCUCUUACUAUUGUAGAAUAACAUCAAGGGCACACAGCAUUAAUUACAACAUCCUUACAUCCAACAGUGUUUAGUGGAGGUUUAGAUCUUAAUGUUACAGGAGUAAAUAUAAUUAUAAGAUAGAAUAUGAAUAUAUUCGAUAGAAAUAAUUUUGUUCUUGAAUUUAUAAGAUUAUUAGGAAGAUUAUUAAGAUAUCCAAUUCCAACAAUAGCAUUAGUAAAUGGUCAUGCCGUGGCUGGAGGAUGUAUGUUCAUGUUUGCUCAUGAUUGGAGAAUAGCAAGAGCAGAACCAAAAAAAGCACAUUGUUCAUUACCCGAAAUUGAAAUUGGUAAUCAUUAUAUUAAUAUUUUAAGGUAUGUAUCUACCUCCUGGAAUGAAUGCAGUGUGCUAGUGUAAGCUUACUCCUAAUGUUCAUAGAGAUCUAUGCUUAUUGGCAAGAAGAUAUGAUUUAGGCUCUGAGGGUUUACAGAAUUAAAUAGUUGAUGGAUUAGCUACAGAGGAUAAGAUUAUAGAAGCUGCUAUCUAAAAAGCCUUGUCUGUUUCAAAAUAUGGAUAGGAUAAGGAAAAUUUUACAAAACUCAAAGAAGAAAUGUAUCGAGAUGCAAUUAAGGCUUGCUUUAGUAGAUAAAUGGCACCAGGUAAUGCAUAUGACUUAGGGUUACCAAGAUUAUGAUAAUUGCUCAUUUAUUGAUAUUAUAAAUCAAUUA